UAAUAGCUUUAAAAUUUUUAUUCAAAUUCGCAAUAUGAAUGAACUGUUACAAAAGCAUGGAUGUGCCAAUGUGUUUUCAGUUCCUGAAGGUCUGAAGGAGCUCAUGGCAGAUAUAUCACGAGAAGUCCUACGCGCACAGCCUCAAGACUUAAACGACUUCAUAGCGAACUACCUGUCCGUUCUCCUCAUCACCCGCGAGCACGGUGUCAUGGCGGUGAGGAUCCUGGAUGACCUGUGCGACUGCAGGCCCACCCUGCUUGAGCACCUACACCAGCUAGGGUUGGACGGGGCGCAGACGCAGCUACUCGCAGAUGUUAUCAAGGAGGAGAUUGAAGGCUCGGAAAAGGACGAAGGAAAGGAAACAGUCAAGGAGUACCAGAUUAUAAAGAAGAUUUUGGCAAGACGGCAACUAGACGAGGCGAUGACGGCGAAAGUCUGUCAGGUCGCGAGAAACGCCUAUCGUGACUACUGGUACAGGAAGGAGACUUUGGAAAAGGGUUUAAAAGUGAAGUCCAAUAUACCAUGGGAGGUUGCAGCUGAGCACACAUUGGAACUAUACAAGAAAACAAAACCUACUUUCACCGAAUUGGCUAGAGCUACCGAGAAAAUACAGGCAGCAUACAGAGGCUACCAUGUCCGAAGAAAUAUCCUCCGCCACUUGCAACCAAAAACAAAGAAGAAAGCUCCUAAGGCUGAGCUGCCGGGUCCCCCGAUGGACCUUGGUGGGUCCAGAGAGAUUGAUUUGGGGCCGAUUAUUGAUAUAAAAGUACGCGCGGAUAAUGUCAAAGCGAUGUUCGACCAACACACCAACCAGUCGCUCGGACUUGCAUACGACCCAAUGAAGACCAUAACACACGUGCCUGAUGAUGAAGAAUUUGCGGAAGCUCCUGUUGCCAGGGACAGAUCCGAACAAAGGUCGUUAAUGGUGGGAGACAAGAUCGGUCACGUGUCCACGAUACAGCCUCAGUUACCCAUGACCACAACUGAGCAGAUCCAGUCGAGGACCAGUCGGGCUAGCAUCGAUCCUGCAUCUCGCCUAAGUCGUUUACCAAGUUCGACAGAGCCAGGCCAGGGCCGCCUUCCGAGCGUUGCACCUGUAGAGGGCUCCAACCUGAAGAUUUCUUUUGCAAAUGUCCCGCCAGAGGUGAUCCAAAUCAUUUCUCAAGCAACCUCCGAAGCCGAUCCUGCAGAAAUUCCAGAGGAUAUUGUUCAAGAUGACCUCGACCGCUCGGACGCGGAUGUUAGUGAGCCAACAGAUUCGGUACCAUCAUCUGCCCCCAGCACCGCCAAUACUACUGACGUGGAAGACGAGACCGGUCUGAACAGUGCUGAUGAAGACUAGCACAGGGAAGAAUCUAUACCUACUACAUUAUUAUUAUAUUAUUGUGUCUGUUUGUUACCUGGUCCCUACGACCUAUCUAUCUGGUUAAUACUAACGGA